CUAUCAUAUCAUUAUGCUAAUUACCAUUUUGAUAGGACGGUAACAGCUUGAUCAGAUAGACCGAUAACUUGAAUAUUAGCAAAAUAAAGAAAUACGCAUGCGUACACUAAAGCAGACGACAUUGAAAGCGAGGCUAAAAAAGUUGGAGGUUCACAUGUAGAUGCUCAGAUGACGGGGUUCAGUAAGGCAGGCAAGCCACCACAAGGGAGCAACAAGAACACAACAAUGGCUCCACCAUAUCUUAUAGUACUUAACGUAACAACAGCAGGAAAAGGAGGCGAUGAACUCGGGACAGAUGAGCAUCAACUAGUUCAGUUUACAUAUCUUCUCUAUGAUGUUUCAAAUAACAAGACGGUAGCUGUGCAGCAGCACCAUGUGCGUCCCAUAUUUGAUGACAUCACAGAACCAGUGCUCUCAGAUGAGUGCAAGUCUGAGACGUGUAUUGAUGAGGAACGCGUUAAAAAUGCACUUCCAUUGGAGACAGUCCUUGAUGAGUUUGAUCGAUUCAUCAGCUCCAAAGAAGUUCACCCAGACCAUGGUGGUCGUCCAUUCAUAUUCUGCACAGACGGCCAGCUCCCUAUUCGGCUGUGUCUACACCCAGAGGCCUGCAACAAAUCCAUACAAUUGCCACAAUAUUUCUACAAAUUUUAUGACCUAAGGAAACAGUUUAAGAAAUUUUACAAACCUGAAAAUAUUAAUUCCAUCAAAGAUAUGCUAGACUUCUUAGGUAUAGAAGAGGCGCUAUCUAUGGACUGGGGUAUGAGGCAAUGUCACGAGAUGGCAGCCAUUAUGCACAGACUUAUAAAUGAUGGACAUGACUUAGGUGAGGCAGAGGUGGUCAAAGAUGGCCUGGAGCCAGGAAUAUGCACAAAGGCAGACUAUGUUGAUGAUGAGACAGUUAUACGCGCCAGAGGGUUACCAUGGCAAUCAUCUGAUCAAGAUAUAGCACGAUUCUUCAGGGGACUAAAUGUAAACAGGGGAGGAGUAGCACUGUGCCUGAGCCAACAAGGCAGAAGGAAUGGAGAAGCUCUGAUCAGGUUUGAGAGUAAAGAACACAGAGACUUAGCACUGAAGAAACAUAAGCAUCAUCUAGGCCAGAGAUAUAUUGAGGUCUACAAGGCAACUGGCAAAGACUUUGUAAAUGUGGCAGGAGGCAACAAUGUUGAGGCACAAGUGUUCCUGUCACGACACAGUAAUGGCGUUGGUCAGGUGAUCAUCAGGAUGAGAGGCCUACCAUACUCUGCAACACAGGAACAAGUGCUUGAAUUUUUCCGAAGUGGUGACAACCCAGUGGAAGUUCUCGAUGGAGAAGACGGCAUACUAUUUGUGCACCAAGCUGACGGCAGAGCAACAGGAGAUGCAUUUGUCCUCUUUACCUCUGAUGAAGAUGCGGCAAGAGCUCUGACCAAACACAGAGAAUGCAUUGGAUCCCGCUAUAUUGAACUGUUCAAGAGCACCACUGCAGAGGUCCAACAGGUAUUGAACCGUAGUAUGGACCCCAGAAACCCUGCUGAGCCUGAGCCCCAACUCCCUCCACUGAUACAACACCUCCCUCCAUCUGCCAUACCUGGAGGUAUCCCAUCAGGGUUCCUGCCUCAACAGGUGAUCACAACAGGUGUUCAGAAGGACUGUAUCAGACUUAGAGGGCUUCCAUUUGAGGCAACUGUAACUGAUAUAUUAACAUAUCUAGGAGAACACUCCCGCAAUAUAGUCUUCCAGGGUGUUCACAUGGUCUAUAAUGCACAGGGUAACCCAUCAGGGGAAGCAUUCAUACAGAUGGACUCCGACCAGUCAGCAGAGCUAGCAGCUCUAAACAGGCACAAGAAAUACAUGGUUAUGGGCAACAAGAAGCGUUACAUAGAGGUGCUACAAUGCAGUGGAGAAGAUAUGAAUCUCGUGUUAACCAAUGGUCUUCCACCUGCCACACAGGCCAUUUCUCCAAUCAGUCCCGCCAUCUUAAGCCCCCCACAACAACCAACUCUAGUUCCCCGGCCAGUCAUAUCUCCAGGUAGCACAACAGCGUCAGUGUCAGCCGGGACAAUGUUACCGCCACAUAUCUCAAUGCAGGCAAUGACUGGCAUGACUGCUGCUGGCAUGUACCCAUACACUGCUGCAGCAGGGCAGGUCACCCCUCAGAGUCCAAUGAUCAUCCCCACAGCUGCUGCAUUCCCUGGUGCUCUACCAGGGGGGCUUCCAGGUGGACUCCCAGGUGGGCUACCAGGGGGGUUACCUCAUAGUGCCGCUCUGACAGCAGCCAUGAUCCCUAGACCUCAAUACUACCCACAGCAACCUCCUAUACAUCCUGUCUACUGGUAUCCCAGCCCGCCAGUGUCUCCCCAGAGUUCGGCAUACUACAUACAGUCUCCAACACAUCAUAUGCCAACAGCUGUCAUGUUGAAGGGGUUACCAUUCAAUGUGGGAGCCCAGGAGGUUCUUGACUUCCUCGCAGGGGUAUAUGAGCCUGCAGUGCAGCCAGACAUUCGUAUCCAACAUGGUGCAGAUGGCCGAUCAACGGGAGAAGCAGUCGUUACUUUCGGUUCCCGCAUAGAGGCAGAAAGAUGUGUCACUGAGCGCAACAGAAAAAUCAUCGGAAACCGCUACAUUGAAAUACAUAUGGCAUAAUAUAUUGCAAUAUGGAUGAUAGAUCUAAUAUAAUUUAUGAGUACAUUUAAAUGUGUUUACCUUCAAGGUUUAUAUAUCAAGAAAUUAUUUAUAUGGGACUCUAAGAAUGCAUUUUUUUAAUUCAAAACCCUAAAGCAUGCAUUCAAUGCAAUCUUGUGAAUAGUUUUAUAGGGUGAAACAUUAUAGCUUGACAGAUGAGUAACAUCUGUCAAUGAGGCUUCACAAUGUGCCUUACAUUACAAUGGUCAUUUAUAUUAGACCAAUAAUUGUACAUAGUUUAUGCUUAUUUUUAAGUCUUUCUGAGCAUAUUAUUCAUUCCAAUGUAACCUCAUUUGAUAUAUUGCAAUAUAAUAUAUAUUGCAAUAUGGGUUAUAAAAGAGCGGCCCACAAGUGUCUUCCCAUUUUGUAUAUAGAUAUAUUAUUACUAUAGUUACAGUAAUGUUAUUGUUACUAUAGAAACGUGUAACCUAGCAAUAAUGCAACAACAAAUCAAGUGUCUUCCAUUGAUACACAAGCAUGUAGUUAGAUAUUUUUAGAAUCUAUGUUAACCAAUUUAGCCAAUAUUUAUAGCAAUAUUAAUGUAACAUUUCAAGAACUUUUAAAUAUAUUUUAUAUAUAGCUAUGUGCACUCACUACGCAAGUAUCGCGAUCUUCCAUGAAAUCUGUCUGUGCCUUAAGGCUGUCGAAGCUUGCGUCUUCCUGAAAAAACAAACAUUCAAAUUACUACGCUCAAUUUCAAACAAAAUAUAUUUUUAACAUUUAAAGAAACAACUAGAACUGUUUUUUCACACACUGAACACAGUGCCUCGCUUAUUUUCAAAACUUCUAGUUCACAUUCCACAAGUUCAUUCCAAGUGUGCUCACAUACCAAUAUUGCCUUUUACUUUUAUAGCAAUUCGACUGUGAAUUGUUAUAGAGCUGUUACUGAUGUAAAUAUUAUUAACAUAUACACUGAUAUAACCAUAUAUAAUUGUUAUAUUGUUGCAAUUUAGCCCAGAGUCUUAUAUAUGUAUAUAUUAGCAAUAUAUAAUAUUUUAGAUUAUACUGUAGAUAAAUAGAUAAUAUACUGUUCAAACAGAUGUACUAGAUAGAACCUAUACUUAGUAUAUGUCUAGGUAUUUAGUGUUUAAUGUACUUCUAUCUAGAAAGAUGUAUUUAGUUACUUGUAUUUAGUGUACAAUGUACUUGUAUUUAAUGUACAUGUGCAAUGUACUUGUAUAACUUGUUAAAAUCGAAAGUCAUUGGACUUUUUAGUGCAACAAAAAUAUGUGCAAAUAUUACAUGUGUUCCUGGUAAUUAAAAUAUCAUUAAAACGUCAUUUAAUAUCAAUUACACUGAGACAAUGAUCUCAAAUCUAUGGAUAGUAGCUCAUAUAAAAAUAUCAUAAUUUUGAAUUUGGUGCUCUAUAGCUUAGGUGAUUUGUAUCAUAGAUAGCAUUAAUCAACCAUAGAUUAAUAAGGGUACAAUAUAAAUUAUAAAAUAUUCCUGAAUUAUGUGAAAUUUUGCUCUAGUCUUGAGUCAUAUACAUAAUGGUAUAUAACAUUGUAAAGCUGGUAGUAGAAAAUUUUAAAUCUAUUGUACAAGAAUUUUUAAUCGUGACAUUUUUAAUGACUUUAUUUUUAAUUGUACAUGACAUUUUAUGAUGAAGCAACUUGCCAAUUUUGUGAAACCAGGUCUAGGUUUUAACCCUUCAUCUACCUGUCAUAAGGCUUGGGGAUAUAAGGGUUAAACCGGCAACAUGUUUAACAUAAGCUACAGUAGGAAAUGUGCAAUAUCACAACUUUUCUCACUUAUACUGAAUUAAUGAUUAAAUGUAACAAGUGAUUUGAAUUUAAAAUGAAAAACUGUGUGAUUAAUUGAUUAACAGUAACAAUUAUAACAAUUGAGAUGAAUUUCUCAGUUAAACAUAAAAAUGAAAUAUUGUAUUUUUGCGUGAUAGCAUAAUUCAGUAGUAGUUAGUUAUUUAGUAAUGUGAAAUAUCUGCAGGGUGAGUAAAGGCAUGACUAUGACUAAUAAGGACAUUAAAAUCGUAUAUAAAAUAUGGAUGAUGUAUGAAUAUGGCAUGCCUCACCGAGUCUAGUUUAUAAUGUAUGUAAAUAGCGCAAGUUAUUAUAUUUUUUUCAAUGUACAAUUAGAACAUUAUAGGCCCCUCAAAAGGAUCAACCUUAAUGGAAAAUUAGGACUUACAUGGUGUAAGACACUUUCUAAACUUCAUCCAGACACCCAUUCCUUAGAUACAUGUAGCUCUGCAUUCAUUCUUUGAAUACAUAUAGCCCUGGGUUUAUUCCUUGGAUUCCAAAAGA